UAUAGUGCCACAAGGAUAUUGAUUGUGGCACCUUUUUGACAUUGACGGGAUGGCUCGUCGGAGCAUUUAGGGUUACCAGCAAGGUAUUAUGUCCGCAUUAAAGGGAAAUUCUUUUCUUUUGAAAACUAAAACGCAAAUUGUAAAGGAAGUACUUUAAAAUGUAACUAAAAAAUGCCCCAGACUUCGUUUGUCAGUUAGAAGGCUCUAUAGUUAAAGAAUCUUUGUAGCAAACUUUUAGCAAUGCACUCUCUUGAGAAAGAUAGGGAAGGAACAGUCUUAACAUAAUAGUAAUGAUUGUUGUUUAUAAUCAACGAAUAGUACAGUAGAAGGCAUUGGGGAAGGCCUAUGCCCAGCAGUGGUCAAACAAAGGCUGAUACUGAUGAUGAUGAUGAUGAUGAACAGUACAACUAUGUGGUAUGGUUUGAACUGUGCGUUUUAAAAUUAUCAGAUAAUUAGUUUUUGAUCCUUUACUGAGUACACACAGUAAUUUCCUUACUACGUAAGUAAACAUGAACUUUAUGUCAAGAGGGCCAUACUUCCAGGUGCACAAAACACGUUACAAUAAAGGGUCGGUCACUACAAUUUGAAAUAGGAAACAAAACAACUUUCAUAAAAAUAUUUUAAAGUCAAUUAGUAUAUACCCUUUUUAUUUUAAAUAGUAAAUCUAAAAAUAUGCGUCUACUUGAGAGUUAGGGAAUUUCUUGAUUAACAAAUGGUAACAAAUUCUGAUUGGACACAAGAUGAUUCACAUUUUCAAAUGUAAUUACUGGACCCCCCUUCUUCUUCUCAGGGAUAAAAAUAUCUCCCACUUUGAAGAAAACCUCUCUGAUACUACUUUUAAACACUUCACAUCACUUCUUUUCAUGAAAUAACAUUGAAAAGCCACACAAAAUGCGUAAAGUAAUGACGCGAAGUGAACUGACAAGCUAUGUCACUAUUACCCUGACAUUAAAUGUCGCUUCUUAUUGCCGGGUGCCAAAAGAAUCAUGUACAUCUAUACGAGUACUUUUAUUUUAAAAAACUAUACCACAGACCCAUUAAUUUGUAUUCGUUCUUCAAAAGAAUGUUUGACUUUUAAAAUAUUUUUUCAGUUUAGCGCCUUUUUCGGCAUGACGAUGAGAAGUGAAUGAUAAGGAACACGGAAAGCAGCACAUCCCUAAAGAUACUUGACAUGUGUCAAUGUGACGGCUCUCGGUUAGUUUUAUUGUCGAUCGCGGGAAAAAAUUAUUUUUUCUAAAGCAAAUUAUAAUUACUAAUAUUAACAUUUUCUAAGAAAACAGCAUAUCGUAGUGUAUAAAAAGUAACGAACCUGUGUGAAAAUACUAAUUAUUUCUUUAUUAUCGUAUUUAUCUAAUACGAAUUAAAACCCAAAAGCUGUGGUCGGUAUUGAACGUUGGCCGUUCGGUGAAAAGUAUGCGAGGUUCUAGAAUAUUCUUUUUGUGUCGAGGUCUGACUCCAUACAAACCGCGACCUAAACCAUUUCGAAAGUUCACCCUGCUAGAUAAUACUAUUUAUCAAUUGUGCAACCAGUACUGUGGACUCAGUUAUAGAGACGUUGAGGCUGCUUAUUCGUUAUACGUGAUGGCGAACCCGUCGAAAAAUCUGCCGCCAACGAUGCAACUGAGGCAGAUGAACACUGUUCGCGCGGACGAUGUUGAAGAAACGGACGCGGUAUACGAAAACUUGGUGACCUCCACCGUUGAUAAUUCAACGGAUGCUACCGACGGCGCUAUUGCUGGGCCUUCGGGCUCCCAACGUCAGGAAACGGAGGAACCUGCUCCGGUGCCCACGAUGAUCUUGUAUGACGCCACUAAGAGGAAGCAAAUGCGUCGCCGUAAACAAAAGGAGGCGGAAUACUCUUCCGAUAGCACCUCCGAUGACGAGAAUGUAAUUUUGGCUCGUAUCCAGGCUACGAAGAGGAAGCUGGAAAAAGCGGGGAAGUUGCCGAAAGCCCAACCUCAAGGUGGACAGAAGAAGAAGAAGAUGUAAGCGGGAGAAGAUGCUAACUUUUUUGUAUCCAUGUAGUUUAUUAGUACACAACAUUAAAGUCCAUUUAAUUUCCCUCUCAACUGACCUGAUGUCAAUCGUUUCAGUCAAUUUUUAUUAAUAGUAUUAUGUAA